GGCCUCCCUCUCCUCCCUCCCCAGGCGGGCUCGGUUGCGUGGCGGGACUCGGGUCCGAACUGAGGUGCUGUCGGGACGCGGCGGCGGCGGCGGAAAAUGGCGCUGACUCAGGGGACCAAGCGGAAAGUCUGCUACUACUACGACGGGGACAUUGGAAACUAUUAUUAUGGUCAAGGUCACCCCAUGAAGCCCCACAGGAUCAGGAUGACUCACAACCUCCUUCUCAACUAUGGCCUUUACAGAAAAAUGGAAAUCUAUCGACCCUACAAGGCCAGUGCCGAAGAGAUGACCAAGUACCACAGCGAUGAUUACAUCAAGUUUCUGCGGUCAAUUCGCCCCGAUAACAUGUCUGAAUACAGCAAGCAGAUGCAGCGAUUCAACGUUGGAGAAGACUGCCCUGUGUUUGAUGGCCUGUUUGAGUUUUGCCAGCUUUCUACAGGAGGCUCUGUGGCGAGCGCCGUGAAGCUAAACAAGCAGCAGACGGACAUCGCGGUGAACUGGGCCGGAGGCUUGCAUCACGCCAAGAAAUCGGAGGCUUCUGGCUUCUGUUACGUUAAUGACAUCGUCCUGGCCAUCUUAGAGCUGCUGAAGUACCACCAGAGAGUGUUGUAUGUUGACAUUGACAUCCACCAUGGCGACGGUGUGGAGGAAGCCUUCUACACCACAGACCGUGUCAUGACCGCGUCCUUCCAUAAGUAUGGGGAAUAUUUCCCAGGAACUGGGGAUCUGCGGGACAUUGGUGCCGGUAAAGGAAAAUAUUAUGCUGUCAACUACCCUCUCCGGGAUGGGAUCGACGAUGAGUCUUAUGAAGCCAUUUUCAAGCCGGUGAUGUCUAAAGUGAUGGAGACAUUCCAGCCGAGUGCCGUUGCACUACAGUGUGGCUCGGAUUCCUUAUCUGGGGACAGGUUGGGUUGUUUUAAUCUGACCAUUAAAGGUCAUGCCAAGUGUGUGGAGUUCAUCAAAAGCUUUAAUUUACCUAUGCUGAUGCUGGGAGGGGGCGGCUACACGAUCCGUAACGUGGCCCGGUGUUGGACGUACGAGACGGCUGUGGCAUUGAACACAGAGAUCCCAAAUGAGCUUCCUUACAACGAUUAUUUUGAAUACUUUGGCCCGGAUUUCAAGCUCCACAUCAGCCCUUCCAACAUGACCAACCAAAACACCAACGAAUACCUGGAAAAGAUAAAGCAGCGUCUCUUUGAGAACCUGCGGAUGCUCCCCCAUGCCCCUGGAGUGCAGAUGCAGCCGAUUCCGGAGGAUGCCGUGCCAGAGGAGAGCGGUGACGAGGAUGAGGAAGACGCUGACAAACGGAUUUCCAUCCGCUCUUCGGACAAGAGAAUUGCCUGUGAGGAGGAAUUCUCAGACUCUGAGGAUGAAGGGGAAGGGGGCCGCAAAAACGUCGCCAGCUUCAAGAAGGCUAAACGGCCAAAAACGGAAGAGGAGGAGGAAGAGGAGGAGAAGAAAGAAGUAAACGAGGAGGAGAAGAGAAAAGAUGAACCAGCAGAGGCCAAAAGCAUAAAGGAGGAGAUGAAAUCCACCUAAGACUGUCUGGACAGCCGGGGAACGCCACACCUCCCUGGUUCUCCCAUCUGGCCGCCUGAUUCCCUCCAUGAGAUUUGUAUUUUGUAUGUUACUGUUGAUUAUUUCUACACAUCUCCUGGGGGCCUGAGACCUGGCUGCCCUUCCCCGGGUGAGCUUCCGGGGGGGUCCUGAGCAGGCUUAGCCCCAGGGGGUGCCGCUCACAAGGCCCCCGCCCCUCACGCCCCUUUUGCUUCCGCAUUGGGGAGGUUUGCGUGUUCCCUUUUGAAAAGCAAGCCCCAAACUUCCCUCUGCCCUGUCCUUCCUUGCAUUUUCAAAGGAUGACUCUCCUCUGGGAGAAGAUAAUUUUCCAGGGGAAGCGGGUCAUCCGUUUUCCCUUUCCUUUCCUAGUUUUCUGAGGUAUGGAUACAGCCAUAAAACUUUGGAAGAAUUAUUUUUGGGGGUGGGGAUGGAGGGGUCGGAGGUCAGAAUCCCAAAACGUCGGAUCCGUCUGCAGGCCUUGGAAGGGUUGCUCCCUUUUGAGCAGCCGGGCCUCCACGUUUGUGGCACCUCGGCACCCCAGGCCCUGCUGGGGACAUCAGCCCUGGCUCUUGCCCUGCCAGCAAGCGAAGGGACAGGAGUUGCUGGUUCCAGUUGCGUCCCGUUUGUAGCGGGGAAAAAGGGUGGUCCUUCCGUUGGAGCCGGGUGCAGAUGCGGAUGUCUCCGCGAUGCCGUUGGAGUUUCGCUUAGGAAUUGGCACGUGAGCCUCAAGGGGCACGUGGGAAAACACCCCCUUGAGCGAUGGCUCUUCGGAAGGGGCGUCUCCCUAAACGAAGCAGCCAGCCCAGACCUGCGCCCGUUCCUGAAUUGCGCUGUGCUUCCAGGAGGGCUCCAGAGGCAGCGCUGGCUCCCUAGCUGGCAGGUGCGGUGGGGGGUUCCAGGGGACCCAGGAGGGGGGAGGCAGAGCGUAUGCAGAACGUCACUGUUAGGGGUUGACCCCAGCAAUGCUGCUAAUUUUGCCAUGUCACUCUUUCGGGGUGGAGGGGGGGUUAUUUUUUUAAGCCUUUGGUUUAGCUGUUUUUUUUUUCCAGUCGCUUGGACGCAAAUGCCCUGCAGUUUGUUCCUACUCUUUGAUACUUGUACUGGUGAAAUGAAAGAUCAUUGUAUGUGUGUGUUCUGGGGGCGGGAUGGGAAGAUAUAUAUAUAUAUAUAUUGUUUUUUUAAAAGAAAAGAUAAGUUUUUAUUUUCGUUUUUUGGAGGAAAAAAGCAUCUUUGUAAUAAAAUGGGUCUGUUUUUCUGUUUUC